AUGACUGCGCUGCCAAAAGGAGCGAUCGAGAAGCUGAUGCGGGAGGCCGUGGGAGACGACGACGUGCUGAUGUCCAAGACGGCCGUCGAUUGGGUCAACGAGUGCGCGAGCGCUUUUCUAAAGCUGAUCGGGCAAGAGGCCAACACAGUGGCAGAAGGAGCGGCGACGAAGGAGAACUACCGGAUCAGCCACGACCACGUCAUGACGGCGCUCGAACAUCUUGGGAUGCGGCGCUAUGCAGAUACGAUCAGAGAGCGCCAGGCGGUGAUAGAGCUCGAGGCACAGAAAACGCACACGGGAUUGGCGUCGCGCAAAGCGGCAACUCCAGCGGUUUCGCGAGAUGAGCUAUUGGCCGAACAGACGGCACUGUUCAAGCAAGCGUCUCUGGAUGCGGCAAAGGAGGGGUGGUGA